AUGAACAACGCGACCCAACCACGAGAACCUGCGCACCCGCCGCCGUACUCGGAAACUCAACCCCGACGUCAAGAAGAAUGGGAGGAUUGGGAAGACGACGAGCCCAUCACACCGAUUGACGCCGGUGAGCAAGUCUUUCCUCCCCCAUUGAACGUCGGAGCUAGAAAUUCGAAGCUUGCUGCACGACGAUCAUCGAGAGCGUCUGCUACAAGGGUCAAUCGAGUUAAGUCACGACAGAGACAAAAGGCCCAGAAUGAAAAGGCUGGAAUCAAGCUCAUCACCGACAUGUCAUCUUUCAGACGCCAAAACUACAUGCCAACACCGGUUGAACGUACUGGAAAGUUUGUCGAUGCGGCUGCUCUAAAGGCAUUGGAAGGAGAGCCGACCUCGGCUUCGGUAGGGAACUGGAACUGGUUCAAAAAGAGUAAAGACCAAAGCCCGGCCACUGCAUCAUCGCAGUCAUCAGCUAGGCCAGCUCAGUCAGCUCGUACUCCGGACAACAACAAGCUUUCUCCAGAUGAUAGACCUAUUGUUAUUGGCCUAGCUUUCUCGUCUGAGGAAGCGAGCAUCGCUUCCCGAUACGAUGCCACUCCAACACCCAUCGAGCCCCCAUCACAGCAGUAUCUGCCUCGGAACCCUGUGAACACUUCAGUUUCGCCUCUCGUACCUGCCCAGCAGAAAUCUGUGUGGUCGCCCGACACCCCGGAUACUGUGUCCUCAUUCAGUACCAUUCGCUACACUUCCAGUAUAUAUUCACAGUUCCCGUCCCCUGGUACGACCACGGCUGGCAAUGUCCCUCCCGUACCAGCCGUCCCAGCAAACUUCAAGAAAUCAGCUCAUCAGAGGCUCAUCAGCUUGGAGCUAGGCGGAAGGACCCCUGACGAGUCUGAUGGUGGUACUCCGUGCACAUUGUUCGAAGAAGAUGGAACUCCAAGCCCAAACAAGCAAGUCAAGGCAAAGACGUCAGUUCUGACGCCAGACAGUGCUGCAUCCAAGUCCCGUGGCUGGUGGGAUCACCAUGUCGUCACUCCUUUCAUGGAGAACCGACUGACGUUCACUACCAGCCCAAAAGCGUACACUGAAUCUCCAAGGACUAUUCGAGGGGAUGAAUGGUGGAACAAACCGGAGACAAAAAGCCCAGAAGGAUAUUAUCUUACACCAAAGUUGAAUCCUGCUUCAUUUCAGACACCUAUUGUCAAAGCCCCCACACCACGCCGGACACCGUCGCCUCGUAUUGAGCAUACCCAGGAGUGCGAGUCCGGCCCUUCGACCGCAAGAGCAUCUCCAGUUCCCGAAGCCACCACUUUCUCAGAGAAACCCCAGAUUCUCGUAACAGAAGAAGAGAGCGUUAGCGAGCAGCUUCCUGCGUAUUCUCCUCCUGAGAAGACAGGCCAGACUGCUCCUAUUAGAUACAGAGCAGUCUUCCCACCUGGACAUCCGCUCCAAAGUCAAUUUCCGCCAUCUCCAUCUCCAGCUCCUGCAUCCCCGGGCCCCGUAUCUCCAGGCCUCUCAUCUACCAUGUCCUCACAACGGGCCGAUCAGAUGACUGAUAUCCCGCUCACGCCCGCUCCUCGAGACAACUUGCGUCUCUCACAAAUGCCACUUCCGACACGCCCAUUAGGUACGGCAGUGCCACGUGAACACCCACACAGCGAUGCUGGCUUUGUGACCAAGACCGAGCGUCAGAGACGUCGUAACGAAAAGGAAGAAUCUGUUGCUCGUCGCCUGGGUGGUUUCUGGAGAGGCAGAGGAUGUGUUCCAAAGAGAGGUUGCUUUGGCCGAACGGGGCGAGAGGGCCGCCAACGACGUCGAGUCUGGAUGAUUGUUCUAGGAAUCCUUCUCGUCAUCAUAAUUCUGGCGAUCACUCUGGGUGUGGUUUUGACGCGACCCAAACAUUCGGAAGAAGUGCCAUCAAUUUGGGUUAACUUGACAGACUUUCCACCCAUGCCUACAGGAGACCUGUCUAUCGUUGGACCAGACAAUACCGCCGAAAGAAGUGGCUGCACUGAGCCAUCUACCAUGUGGAGCUGCUCUCUGCCUAAAGAACAGCAUGACUCCGUGAAGCCUUACAACGCCAACCAGCCCACUAUCAUGAUGCAGAUUCAGUGGGAUAACAGUACCCGCAAGAACUGGGAUACUCCCAACGGAGAUGCACCUUCAGCGAAGGCACGCCGAAGCAUGGGAAGCGCUGUGAAUGCAGGAAACAUCAUUCGAGCACGUCAGACACCCGAUUUCAACCCCAGUCCUGAUCCACCCCAGUUCAAGGAAAUGUGGUUUUUGGGAAACACCACCGACGGUAUUGUGUCUGAUGAAAAAGGAGGCGAGGCUACCCCUUUUUACAUCAGCUUGAUUGACCCCGCUGAAGAGGACGCGCGCAAAGAGCUUACCAAGCGACAAACUGCGGCAGAUUUGAACGUCAGCAUCCCUGACCUCCUUCCAUCCCCCGACCUCACCCAAGAUGGUGCUCCUAAGCCUGCAGUGCUUCUUCCACAGCCAGUCCAACAGCCAGUGCGCCUCUACGACCGCGGUCUUGAGACGGAACACUAUGGGUUUUACACAUACUUCAAGCGUACCAUCUUCCUCAAGUCCAUAUCAGCCCUCAACGACACCAAAGAGGGCGAUAUCCCGCUAGAUGAGGAUGGUGGUUGCAAGCAGACAGAAGCAAAUUUUAUUGUGACGUGGGCCGAGACACGUUUGCUCGUUCAGAUCUGGACACGCACUUUGGCUGCCAACCAGUCGAAACUGAUCGAUUCUAAUGGAAAAGGUGGCAUCGACAGUUCAGCAGAGCUCAUCCGACCAGGAACGAUGCCGUACCCUGUCACAGUCACCAUGGACACACAUGGAGGAGACCCGGCAAAGAAGUUUGUUUGGGAUUGGCCUAUCGACGACAGACAAAAGAUUGAUGCUGAGAAGCCCGAGCUGCUCGCCAACGACAUUGGGGUGGGCGGUUCGUGGAUCAACAAGAGAGCAGGAGGUGACGAGAAAUUCGGUGGAUUCGACGGCGGGACCGGAGGAUGUCAGUGCAUGUGGAAAAACUGGAUAUAA